AAGUUUGCUCGUCCAUCCGUGUUCCCCUCUCCCCUCUCCCCUCCGUGAUGCCGACGCCGCUCCACUCCCGGAGUGCCACCCUCGGCGGGCCGGGGCCUUUAUUGGCUGGGCCUCAUGCUCCAACUCAGUCCAACGCACCCUCUACGGCAUGGUGCCGGCGCUUAAACACGUCCUGCGAUGCGCCAACCAGAUGGGCGAUACCGCCAGUCAAUACCGACCGUCACCCGUUUCACGACGCCCAUUGGCCUGCGGCGUCGGGAUUGCUACAGGGGGGCCUUGCGAUGCCUGCUCUCCCGCCCGCAUCUCGCCAGCCUCUCACUGGCCUCUCACUGGCUCUCUCCGCGCCGUGGUGCGAAUCACACCGGGGUUUUGCUUGCUCCGAGCUCCAACCCAAGUGCUCGCAUGCAAGUUGGGCGGCUGGAUAUGGCCCCCAGCGCCAUAAGACUUGCCCUCGCCCAUGCGGCCAGCCCGCCUCUGCCUCGUCUCGUCUCGUCUCCUCCUUUCAGUUAUUCCAGCUGCUGCUCCUCCAGCUUUGACGCCCAGCUUUUUUUCUUGCAGCUUUGUGGAUUGUGGUGAGCCUUGGAAAAGACGCCAAUCAACCCCUCUCAACUCGCCCAACUUGCGAAUCCAACCCCCCCCCGCUGCUAUCGCGGACUGGCUCAGUCAGGUCGCG